UUUAACUAGAUAGAGUAUUUUUUAAUGUAGUGGAUGUGCGGCGCAGAAGUGUUUGAGAAUAUUGUCCUAACGCUCUUCUCUCUUCUCCCUCAGUGGUGGCGGAGGCUCCCGGGUCAACGCUGAUGGUGGUGAGCGUGGUGGGUGGAGGGGAGUCACGGCUUUCCCCCGUCCCUCGUCUAGCCAUGGCCUGCUCCGCCCCCUCCUCAGCCGUCGCCUCACCCUGGGAUCGCCUGUUUGCCACGUGGUACCUUCCGCAGGGCAUGGACGCCCCCAGAGGCACCGUCUCCUUCAGGCUGGCGUACCUGGACUCUCUCGGUCACCUGCACCACCUCGCCUCCACUCACCUGCUCCACUCAGAUGCAGUCACCACAAAGGGCGGAGAGGGCGUGCGGGCGUUCCUCCCGAGCCACACCACCCACCAACAGGCCUCCCAUCCCCACGCCCACAUCCCCACGCCCAUCCCUGCUCCCUGGCCGCCCCCCGUGCACCGUUGGGGGAGGGGGCGGGGAGUCACCAGAACAGCAUCACCAUCCUCGCGGCGUGUGAGGUCAGCGGGGCCCCUCGUGGACGCCCUGCUGGUGUCUGAGGGAUCUGCGAGGCUGAGGAGGUGGAGGAGAAGGGCGCAGGAGGAGGCGGUGAAGGAGGAGCGGAAGGAAGAGGAGAAGGAGGAGGAGAAGAAGGAGGAGGAGGAAGAGGAAGAGGAGAAGGAGGAAGAAAGUGGCAGAGAUCACAUCACGACUUUACGACAUCAAGAUCUGAAACACAACGAGGAAGCGACGACUCCGCACACCACGACUCAACAACAACAACAACAACAACAACAACAACAACAACAACAACAACAGCAACAGGAAGGCACAUCUUACCAGUCUUCGCCGCCGUCACCAUCAUCAUCACCAUCAUCAUCAUCGUCGUCGUCGUCUUCGUUAUCAUCGUCAUCAUCAUCAUCACCAUCAUCACUACAGCAGCACCACCACCACCGUAACGAGUCAUCAUCGACGUCACCACCACCCCUGUCAUCACCACCACCAUCACCAUCAUCGGCACCACCAGCACCACCACCAACGCCUCACCACCACUACCACACACAAGAAGAACCUCAUGAACCAGAACCACAACAACAACAACAACAACAACAACAACAACAACCAGGACGUUUACAACAAGCGAAAAAGGAGGCGGUGAAAAUAGAGGAAGAAGAAGAAGAGGAGGAGGAGGGAAAAGAAGCAAGGAAGGAGGAAAAGACGAAAGAAGAGGAAGAGAAGAACAGUCAUGAAGCAUUUGAAGAGAGUCACUCAGAGAUAAAAGAAGCGGAGAACAAGGAAGGAGAAGAAGGAGGAGGAGGAGGAGGAGGAGGAGGAGGAGGAGGAGGAGAAGGAGGAGGAGGAGGCUGCACAUCUUCUGUGGUAGAGAUCACGGACUCCCUCUCGUCUUGGGUCUCCUGUCCUCCUCAAGAAGACACAGACCAGAGAGCGAGUGGCGGCGGUGAGGAGGGCGCGGCGGCGAGUGUGGGCAAGGAGAAAGCCACCGUCAAGAGCCAGGCGGGGGCGACUGCUGGGGACGGGCGGAGACGAGGCGCAUGCAGGGACGGCUGGGUGGAGGAGGACGGCCGCUGCUUCCGUUUGGUGGAGGAGGUAGCGUCGUGGGCAGAGGCUGAGCUGGCGUGUGCUGGUGAGGCGGCGGGCGAAGAAGAGGACGCGGCGGGCCAUCUGGCAGCCGUCACCUCCCAUGCCGUGGCCCGCCUCCUGGAACGACUGAUUAAUGAGAGCGGUCGCCACUCCGUCGCCGCCACCUAUUGGGUGGGUGCCACGGACGCCCAGCACGAGAACAGCUUCACCUGGACCAGCGGGGCACCCUUCUUCUAUACAGAGUGGUUCCCCGGCUGGCGUGACCAAGGGGGCUACGGUGCUCAGCCCUCCGAUGACGGCCUGGGUCUGGGCGAGGACUGCGUGGAGCUGCGUGCAUCCUUCAGGCGGGCCAGCAAAGGAUCCAGGACCACUGACAGACUGUACUGGAACGACAGGAACUGCGCCGCCAAGAACGCCUUCGUGUGUGAAAUGCGUGCCCCUGGAGCGCCCACCAGGGAGGAGAAGUGGGCGUGCAGUCGGUCCCUCACGGUGACGCCUCACGCCCCCGCGCCCACCAUCGUCACGUCGCCCGCCUUCCCCGCCCGCUAUCCUCCCUCCAAGACCUGCGUGAUUGCCCUCAACGCGCCGCCCUCAGCACAUCUGUUGGUGGAGUUUGACGCCUUCGUGCUGGAGCCCCACAAGACGUGCGACUAUGACUGGGUGACGCUGGAGGAGAAGGAAGAAGACGAGAACGAGAAGGAAACAGAGGUGAUGGGAAAUGAAGGAGGUAAUGGUGAGAAACGACGAAUAAGAAGAGAAGGAGGGUCUGCAGGAGGUGUUGAGAGAGGCGCAGGAGGAAGAAGAGGAGGAUCGGUAAGGUGGUGUGGCGACUGGUCCGGGCGAUUGAAGUUACUGCGCUUUGAGAGUCGUGUGAACAGAGUGGUGCUUACCUUCUCCAGCGACUACGCCCACGGGUACUCUGGCUUCCGGGCGAAGGUGUCAGCGCGGCCAGGCGGCGGGUGCGGAGACGGGCGCGAGGUGAGGCUGGGGGACCAUUGCUACCUGGUGGUGCCCUUCAACCACGUGUCCUGGACCACCGCCACCCACAUCUGUCGGGACAUGCAGGGUCAGCUGGCACGCGUAGGCAGCAGGGAGGUGGCGGGGUGGCUUGGAGAGCAGCUGCGCGCCCUGCCAGACUAUACGGGCGGCCGGCACUACUGGGUGGGUGGUUCUCUACGCCCACACGCCCACACCUGGACUUGGAGCGAUGGGACCCCACUUAAUAUUACAGAGAUGGGCGGGGUGGAAGUGACACGCCCCCCGGGAGACACCCAGCCCCUGUGUCUCAGCCUGCAGGAGAGAGGACACGCCUCUGUCUCGCCCGCGUCCUCCUCACGUCCACACCCACGCCAGCAUCCGCCCAUGACCCUCACCGCCCACCACUGCGAACUGACGGGCGGGUUUGUAUGUUCCAGAAAAGUCCCAGACCCCCCAAAACGCCAGAGUCGCAUCGUGGUGGGGCAAGGCGGCAACCUCACCUCGCCUAACUUCCCAUCUCCCUACCCGAACAACCUGCACCUCACCACCACCUUGCGCGGCCCGCCUUCCCACCGCUUGGUCCUCUCCUUCACCAAGUUGGACCUCGAGUACCAGGACCGCUGCCUCUACGACUACCUGGGCCUGCAGAGCGCCCCCGGGGAGGACAUGGUGCGCUACUGCGGCCGCCACACCACCCGCAUGGACAGGUUCGACUGGGUAUCACGGGGUAACGAGGCCCUGGUCACCUUCCACGCCGACGAGUCAGUGGGCGGCGCGGGAGUGCGGGGGGAGUGGCGCGUAGUGGACAUCUCUCAGUGCCUAGACCACUACCUAACGCAGCCCCAGGGAGUCCUCGCCUCGCCAAACUUCCCUCACUUUUACCUGCAGGAUCUCCAUUGUACCACCACCAUCACCGCCCCGGAGGGUCAGCGAGUGUGGCUUCAAUUCUCGGUAUUCGAGGUGGGCGGGGGCGACGUGGGCGUGAGCGAGGGCGUGGAGGGCAAGGUAUGGGACCCGCCCACCCCGCCGCCCACCACCACAUCGGACCACCAAAGCAGGGCGGCGUGUGACCUCGAUUAUGUGGAGGUGGUGCUUGGGUCUGGCCCGGGCGAGUCGGUACGUCUGUGCGGUCGUCUGGACAGCGGGGAGGUGGAGAGACUCAGCUACGUUUCCUACGGCGCCACUCUCAGCAUCAUACUGCACACCACCAGGAGGGGAGGAGGGCGGGGCUUCCAGGCUAAAUACUCCACAGGCGCCACCUUCUCCCAGCGGGCAGUGCUCAAGCUAGGCGGGGACGAGGGGCGGCUUCACGCUCUCAACUUCCCGCUGCCGCCCCCGCCCGCUGCCACCCUCACGCGCCGCCUCAUCGCGCCCUUGGGACACCAACUCGACCUCCACCUGCACCACGUCGCCGUCCUGGCCACACCUGACUCUCCCUGCCUUCAGGACUACGUGGAGGUGGAGGACUUCUACGCGGGAGGGCGCGGGGCUGUGUGGCGUGUGUGCCGCGUGUCGCCGGGGGAGCCCAGCCAGCUGACCAUUCGCUCCACCUACAACACUUUGCUGAUCAGGGAAGUGCACCGCGCUCCGCCCCGUCCCGCCUCGCCUGCCGCCCCUCCUACUCAAUCCCCACGCUCUCAACCACAAAACUCCUCUGUGCUCCUCAACUCCUCCUCCUCGUCAUCCUCCUCUGUUGUCUAUCACAGAGCCUUCCACCGCCGCCGCUCCGCACCUCCUCCUCCUCCUGCUCCUCCUCCUGCCCAGCCUUCUCCUCCUCUCCCCGUCCUUCCAGUCUCCGAGCUAACCACCUCUCCCACCUCCGCGCCUCCCACCCCUCCACCACAACCAACCACACACAGCGUCACCACCACCACUACCACCUCCCCGACCAUCCCAACCACACGCAUCCACACAGCCCCCGACAAGCUACGUGGCGCUGCAAUGCAUUAUACUUCCACCAACGACGUGCCGCUACACUCCCACAAUGCCGUGCUGUACGACUUCGCCCUGCACGACCACGUCAACACAGCGGCACCGCCACGACCACCACCACCACCUGGGGAGCUACUUCACCCUCCAGUACCUGCUGACGGGUCUUCAUUGUCAUCACCGUCAUCAUCAUCGUCAUUGUCUCCUGCAGGGCAUUCCUCCACUGUGUCCUCCUUCAGUAUAUCCUACAGCAUCCUUCCUGACCCCGAGUGGUUGAACAGGUCGCGGGGCGCAGCGGAGGGCGUGGCGGCGGGCGUGGUGGCUGUGCGGAUCUCUGGCGUGGCGUGGUGUGAGCCGUCUCCGUGUUUGAAUCAAGGCUCGUGUGUCAGCAAGGGAACCAACCACUCCUGUCUGUGCUCGGGAGGUUACACCGGUGCCUUCUGCCAGGUGACGUGGUGUGAAGUGUCCCCCUGCCAGAACGGACGGUGCCAGGCCGCGGAGGGCGAGGCGGGGUUCGUGUGUGUGUGUGACCCUGGCUACUCGGGUCCCCGCUGCCAGAUCCGCGUGUCCCCUUGUGAUGGCGACCCCUGCCAAGGCCGCGGCACCUGCACUGCUGUCAACCACACGUUUCACUGCCAGUGCCAUGCGUGGUGGGAAGGGGAUCGGUGCCAACACAGGAUGCUGCGAAUUCCUUACAAGCCGCUGUCCGAGAGAGUAUUUGAGGAACCCUUCUGGCUAGGGCUGAUGACCGUGGCCGUGGUGAUGGGCUGUAUCGGCGUCAUCUUCUGCAUCAAGAAACACUUCGCGGAUAAGAUAGAGAAGUUUUUCGCUGAGGAGAUCGAGAGAAGCAAAUACGGUACCAUGUCGCCAGCCCCCUCCCGCCCUGGCGCCCCUGCCCAGCCCCACCGGCCUCAGCCCCCCCGACCCCGCCCCAAGUCCUUGUUUGUGCGGCUCAAUAGUUUCCGCAAAGCUUCGCUGCUUAGCCUCUCCUCCACAGCAUCCAGCCCCCAGUGUGAUGCUCCGGCCUUUACUUUUGAUGAAUUGCUCAGACUACACAAACGGGCGGGCAGCGUCUCAGCGGCGGGUCCUAGCAGCAGCCCUCGUCGCACCAGCCACAAGAGCCGCUCGCAGACAGCCAGUCCUAGAGGGGAGAACAAGAAGAUCCUCAGGCACCUUGUGACGCCCCCCUGUAGGUCACCGAGCAUCUAUGCCAAAGUGACACUCGUUGCUGUAGUGAAGUUAGGCCAAACACUACUGAGCGGUAAUGAAAUAGAGGCACUAGUUUCCCAAGAGUUCCAACGUUUGCAGGGAGAUGGUGGUGAGGACGCGCCCCUCCCAGACACGGUGGCUGAGAGGACGAGGAGCGCAGACAUCGCCACGGAAUUGCUGCGCACGGAAAGCAACGAGGAAGAGGCGGCGGGGGUGGCGGGGUUGGUGCACGAGACUUCGCUGACAUCCUUCGUGGCCUCCCCCUCGAAGCACGACAAGAAAGUGACGUUCGCCAAGCUGCUCGAUAAGAUGUCCAAGGAAAUCAGCUCCUCCUCCUCUGACAUGAGUUGUACCGAAGAGAAGUCCCCCAGUAGAAUCUUCAGCUUCGGAGGGGCGCGGCGCUCCCCACGCCGCUCCCCGAGGAUACGGCAUACCCAGAGGUACAGCGGGUCGGGGAGCGAAGAGGUGAUGGAGACGCCUGAAGUCUCGUCCUCGGAGAUGACGCCAGACCCGCCCAAGAAGCUGCUCUCCGUCAAGUCGGCCUCGUCGCCCUCCUCGAAGACGUCGUCGCCGCAAAGUCGCACGAAGAUGGUCAAGAUCUCAUCCGCAGACUCCUUGCUGGCCAUGUUCAAGAGCCUCGGCGGGUCAGGACGGGGUAGCAUUUCAAACCCGUCCAGUCCUCACGGGUCUGAACUCGAGGACUCCUCCGCCCACGCCUCGCCAUCCACCACACCCACCACUCCGCAGAAGGCGCUGCCGCAGGUGAAGCAGGACACCCUUACCGUCCCGGGCACCCUCCAAGUACAGGUGCAAGCAGCAGGCGGUGGCGCCCAGCACUCCGGCCCCGUCAUUACCCUGGAGGUGCCCGCCGGGGACCAGCACCGCUGCCUCUCGCCCAUCACGGAGCUGCCCACGCCCGUGCCCACGCCCGUGCCUUCGCCGCUGCCCACGCCCUCCCGGUAUCGACCCAAAAUGCGCACCAGCUCAGAGUCCAAUGACAACAAAGACAGCGAGGACACCGAGUCUGAGUUCUCGCUCUCCAUCUCGGUGGAAAGAAGCAGUUCUGACAGUUCGGGGCCUGACCACCGCGUGUUCUUCACGCCGCCGCGUGGCAUGCGAGGCACGGGAAGCCUCGGCACCCUGGGCACUGUUCCGCGCCGCCCUGGCACUCUCUCACCCACCAUCACGCCUUCCUCCUCCCUCUCCUCCAGGACACCUUCUCCCGUUACCUCGCCCAUCGUCUCGCCAGCCACCUCGCCCAAGAUCAAGACCAAGCCGCCGCCACUGCACAUCCCCGGCGCCAACGUGUUGCACUUCAAUGACGAGAAGAACUGUGGCAGUGGCAGCGGCAGCUGCAACUCUGGUGGCGCGGAAGGCGGAGAGGAGUGCAAGGGGGGGCUGGUGGUGCCUGUCAUCAAGGUGGAGGACACCGAGGAGACCAACUGGCAGCCUCCGCCACCGUCACGGCCUCGUGCCUUCAGCGUAGACGCCGGCGCCGCCAUGUGCAUGCCACUCAUUACUGUCUCCCCAGCUGAUGAGCCGCCUGCCGCCCCUCCCAGUCUGUCUCCGCCCGCAACGCAGCCCAUGAUCAUCCCCACCCUCAACGUGACCUUGGCCUCGCCUCCCGCCCUCAGGAAGCAAGUGCCACCCAUGGUGCCCACCAUCAGCGUGGAGGAGCCCGCACCAUCAGCACAGCCGCCGCCGCAACCGCAACAUCCACCGCAGCCUCCGCCCCGCCGCCACCACCACGAUCUCUUGCACCGGUCCAAGGGCGGCUCGCUAGACCUUCCCCCCGCGCCAGCCAUCACUGUCACGGCCACCAGCAGCGAAGUAGAGUCUGACACGGACUCUCCCACGGCCAUUUGCCGCCCUAGAGGGCCGUCGUCCUGCUACCUCAGUCCUUUUCUAGGCGUGGACUUGCGCGCCUCCGAAUCUAACUUGAGUUCGUCGGGCUACAGCUCUGCCUACUCUCCCGGACCUUCCCGCUGCUCCUCAAGCAACCCUCUCUGCCCAGACGAACCCAUGACGCCCUCCCUCUCCACGCUGCCCACACAGCCCCACACCUUGCCUCCCGCACCCACCGACAUCGCCCCGCCCGCCAGGACCAAACGACGUCCUCUCCUCAAGUCCCCACCCACUGAGGUGGUCUCCGUGGAGGCCCCCUCUUGCCCACUGCUGAGGACCGACUCGGAGACCACGGACGAUCCGGCGGCGUCACAGCCCGAGGCGGACUCUGCCCUUGAGCUGGACACCAACGAUGAGUGCAGCGACAGUGUAGCGUGCGGCGUUAGCGCUGGCGAAGUGAGCUUGGACGAGGCGGAAGCGCAGCGACACAGACUUCUGUUGUCGUCAAGCCAUUCCUUCCCAAAGGAGUCCCCGCGCCUGGCUCGCUCCCCGCCGGCCAUUGUGGUGCACUCGUCUCUGCAGAGCGAGUCGUCGCUGGAGGACCAGGCUUUCGUGGAGCGGCCCUCGCUGCUCAGCCCCGUCAGCUCCCGCAGUGAAUCCCCGAUAAGUGACUCCCGCCUUAGUGUAGUGAGGAUCUAUCCCGCCUUCUUCGGCGUGAGCAACAAGCCCGAGAUGCCAUACACGGAUUCAGACGGCCUCUAUGACUGCCCGUCCUCCGAAGUGCUCCACUCGGACUCCCAUGCGUCCGCCUCACCGCUCAAGCGUCUCGGCCGCAAGCGGCUCAAACGGUCCGCCGGGAAGGGCCUGCGAUCCCUCCUGGGGCUCGGCUCCAGCGAGGGCGGGGCGGGCGGCGGCGGAGGCGCGGGCGCGGGCACCGGGGCGGGAGGUGCGGGAGGGCCCAAGACCCGCCUAGAGCCUCCCUCCUGGGACCGCUCCCCCCGCCGCCAUUCCCCGAAGCGCCGCGUGCGUGCCCAGACCAGCGUGGACCUGCUCUCCUCCUCCAACGAGUCCAUCACCUCCACCAGCCUGGCGGGGAGCAGCUCCGGCCCUGGGGAGACAGUGAAGCAGCAGGACCAACAGCAACAACAGCAGAAGCAACAAAAACAGCAGCAACAGCAGCAGCAGCGAGGGCGAGACAGCUGGUGGUCUACGGGCGGCGGUGGCACCAACAGGAGGAGACGUCCGCUGCUGAGGACAGAGUCGAUCCCACUCAAAUACCUUCCCCGCCAGGGCUCCGUGGACGCCUCUGGGGAGGAGACGCAGGAGGAACAAUUGAUGCUGAAGCCAGGGAGAUCGAGUGACGAAAUGCCAAGACAUCGCAAAGUUUCUCGCUUCCGGUCCUUCGGUAACCAGAUCAGGUUCCUGCGGCGCCUCCAGCUGUCCCACACUACCAGGGACCACCUUGUGUCUCCAGCGGGAAGUUCUGACUCCGACCCUGAGUGCGGGCCUCCUGCCGGCGCCGCCGUGUGUGCGGCCCGCGGUCCGUCGCCCCACGUCAAGUACAUGGCCGUGACGUCUCCCACCGAGGCGGACCCACCCUCUCCCUGAGCCCCGGCGGCCGCCCACCCCACCAAGUGACCUUGCGGGCGGCGCCAUCUUCGCCGGCCCGCCCUCGUGAGACGCCGCCCCCCCCCCCCGCGCCGCGGCUAUGCCUCCCGACGCCCACAACGAACAUUACUGUGCCGUAGAACCGGGGCGCCGCCUGAGGGCGAUCAUUUAAUUAUUUGUCUGUGUACGGAGGUUAGCCGCACGCUGGUGGAGGGGAAAAAAAAAACAAGGUUAGCAGAGCCGCCAUAGUGAUAAUUGUUAUCCAGUAAGAUGUGUUGAUCUCUCAUUGAAGAGUCAAGCAGACGCCGCAAGCCGGCUGCGCCCGCUGACCACCUCACCUCCACUCAUGACAUGACGCGCUUUUAUUUUUGUAAACAUUAUUAUCAUAGUUUAAAUCGUUACUUGGCUGGCGGGAGGCGAGGAAGGGAAAGGGACGUGAGGCGGCCGAUGGAGCUGCCCCCCCUUUGUCCCUUGGGUCCUCCCGCUCCCCUGCCCCUCUGCGGCGUGAGGCAGCGAGUGUGAAGCACAAGACACGUUCAUGUGAUGGCCGCUCACUGUUUGGGGCUUCGAGCUGUGUCUGGUGAGGUGAACACGACCAGCUGCAGCACCACCGCCAGUACAGAACACGACAGGACCACCAACAAGGCCUCGUAACUAUGCACACAAUCAUUCCUCUGUGUCGUUCGUUCCUCGUUAAGACAAUAAACCAAUAAGAAUGUAAAAAAAAAAUAAUAAAAAAUAAAGAAAAAAACAUGUAAACAAGGAAAGGAACACGAAACACGGUUGAGUGGUUCGCUCGAUGCUUCGUUCCGUGUUUCGUUCGGAUAACUUGGUGUCUUUCUUAAGAAAA